AUGGGGAGUUCUAAGGUGAUGGGUUUUGCAUUCUUGGUUCUGCUCCUCCUGGAUCUCUCCUUUGCUGCUAGAACAUUGAAGGAAUAUGGCGCCGAUGGAGGCGGCGGAGGAGGUGGUGGUGAAGAGAGUGGCGGAGGCGGUGGUGGUUCCGCUGUCGGAGCUGGUUCAGGCUACGGUUCGGGUAGUGGUUCAGGGUAUGGUGGUGCUGAUGGGCACGGGUAUGCAAGUGGUGGAGGUGGAGGUGGGUGUAGCGGAGGAGGUGGCGGCGGUGGGAGAGCUGGAGCCUCCGGGUCUGGAUCAGGCUACGGUUCAGGAUAUGGAUCCGGUUCUGGUUACGGGUCAGGAAGUGGAGGCGGGGAAGGUAGAGGUGGCGGCGGUGGGAGAGGUGGAGCCUCCGGGUCUGGAGGGGGGAAAGGUGGCGGCCGCGGUGGUGGUUCCGGAUCUGGUUCAGGGCUUCGUAUUUCUGAUCGGGAUGGAAAUGCAAGUGGCGGAGGUGGAGGUAGCGGUAGCGGUAGCAAAGACGUUAAGGGAGGUGCAUCAUCCGGGUAUGGAUCAGGCUAUGGUGGAGGAGGAGGCGAUGGAAGUGGAUCGGGAUAUGGGUCAGGAUACGGCGGCGGAGAGAAUGGUUCACCCUGA